AUGCAAAGUUCCAAACUUUUAUUUGGUGAAACCAGAUCCUAUUCAAGUAAAUGGUUACUUCAAUACGAUCAGGUUUCCCCAAAUCGUAUAGAUAAAGUACUUCAUAGUAAUAGUUUAGGUGUUAGAGAUAGUAUUGGUAGUAGUAGUAGUUCAAGUGGAUCAACAAUUUUAAAUAAAAUCACCAGUUAA